CUUGUUCUCCCUGCUGCCAAACAUCAACAACGUCCACCACAUCUCUAUGACGAGUUCGUACGUCUGCCACACAUGCCGCAGAAAUCUGCAUGGACGUUUGAACAGACGUGAUUGGCUGCCCAGGCGGACUUUCAUAUCGCUUCUUGACAUCGUUCCGCCGCCGCAGACACCGCAUCCGGAUCAAAAGCGAAAUGACAAAGACAUCUAUUCUGAGGAGCGUAGCGUCGACGCUGAGGCUGCCUUGGACGGCGCCGUGGACAAUGGGAUUGAUGGCGAGAAGAGUAUUAAGUUUGGUCGCUACUCAAGAUUUCGUCAUGCCAGCAGGGCAGCGUCGUCCCUCCCUGACCUUACUCCCAAGAAAGAUAACUUGAGGGACCUGCGGCCAUCGAAACAACAUGGUUUUGACUCGCUCUCGCCCUUGGAAGCAAUGCGACUCAACCCGACGCCAACAGCGGUAGAACGCAAAUUUGAAAGGCGAGGAAAGCCGGCAAAGACCGUCGUUGACCACGAAGACGGACCGGCUGCAAAAUUGUAUAAAGUGCUGACCAGGGAAGGCGACAACGCGAAGGAAGCCUGGGAGAUGUUCCAAGAGCUCUAUUUGAAACCUGGCAAAGAAUGUGACGCCAUGAGGAAACCUUCACGACAAGACCAAGUCAUUAUUCGGGAAUACAAAUUGUUUCGAAAACUGCUGCGGACCAUGACUACUUGCUGGGUUCCUGGACAAGAUAAUGGUUUGCCGUCACCCGCGGAGGUUGUUUCCACGCUGCACAGCUACGGCGUCAUGGGCCAAAGCUGGUAUCUGCUGGAGAUACUUGAGAUGCUGUACAGGUUGACCCGUCUGAAUGCGAAUCAGAUCAACGGCGACAGUGUGGAAGCAAAGCUCAUACUGGAAGAGCAGAUAUUAUCACUCUGGUCUCAAUUUAUGCGAAAUUCGCCCAGUCAAUGGAUAUCAGGACAGAAUCAACUGGUCAUCAAAGAGAAGGCGAAAUCCCUUGCCGAUUGGAAUGGUACCCCGGAUCCCACCCGCCUCAACUUCAGUAAGAAGCUAGGCUCCGAUGCGUAUAAAUUUCAUUUCCGUUUGCACCGAAUGUUUGUAGGUGUACCGACAGCAUCUUCUCUACAUCUUGCCGCAGCUGCUCUUCUGACCUUUGACUACUUUACACAUCAAUACUGCCGCGACUAUGCUACGCCAAGUGUGCAGGUCCCGUACGAGCCAUUCUUACACCUCAUGGUGAGGGUUUUGCAUGGUGCUGAAGAUACAGAUAUUCCUGCUACCUUGGCUAUAUCUUUGCUGAAGGACAAUCGAGUAUCGGAGGAAGAAGUGAUCAAGGUUCAAACCCGUUUGGCCAAAGCUCAGCAGCGUGUUGCACUGGCCAUAGCCGUUGAUGAUUUGCAGGUCUUGGGGUCUGAAGCCAUUCGCCUUUCUCAAGAGCAGGAGAAUAAGCUUAUCGGCUACUUUUACGGACGAAUCAAACGGCAGAUUGAACGCAAGAACCGCGGGGUCAUUGAUCAGCUUUGGCAGCAAGCUCAGUUGGCUUAUCACUCUGCAGAAGGUGGAGAAAGCUCUCCGAACCUUAUCCCACCAAAGAUUUACUCGGCUUUUCUAUUUGGCUACCGUGACCUUCAGGAGCCUGAGCGACAGGCCGACGUAUGGAACCAUAUGCUCAAAGCUGGAAUGACGCCUACACAGGAACAGUGGGGACUCAUGAUGAGUGCACGCAUGAGACACCUCAAUUCCAUGGAGCAUAUUUGGGAUCGCAUGAUCGCUUCUGGUGCAAAUCCUGAUCAUCAUACAUGGUGCACUCGCAUCAGCGGCCACAUUUACUAUGGUGAUCCUGAAGAAGCAAUUCACUUUCUGUAUCAAUGGGGUAACGAUUGGUAUGAUGAAAUCAAGGAGAUGUUUGAAAGCCAAAAUCUUGCCGUUCCGGAGAUGGCACACCUGCAUCGAAAUGGCCUGACUGUUCCACGACCUGACACAGAUGUGCUUACUACGGUUAUCACCGCACUUGUUCAGCGGAAAGGUGGCCAAGGCCGUCGACUUGAUCUCGUUCCUGAUGCCUUUGCCUGGGCGAAAGCCUUUGCCAUCAAACCCAACUCAUGGACCUACAACACUCUCUUCCGUACCUGUCUCAAGGAUGGUAAUCUCAAAGAAGCAAUGCAGAUAUUGGCCAAAAUGAAGGAGGACGACAUCGUUCCAGAUGCGUAUACCUUCUACGGCUUUGCUGACUUUGUUUUCAAACAAGCUAACAAAAGCGCCAUGAGCCAGGACGAGCAAUACAGACUCGUGUUUUCUAUUCUUGACAUGCUUGAGCGGCGUGGGCUUGACCCAAAUACCGUUUUCUUUGGUAGCAUGAUAAACAGUCUCUUGAAAAGUGGUCGAGAUCGAACUCCCAACAUAAGCGCUGCUAUGAUGCUUGUCCGAAUCAUGACUGAAAAGAAUGUGACUAUCUCCUCUCACAUUUGGACGUCGUUGAUGACAUACUACUUUCAGGAGGGCCGUCGUCCGGAGGGGCCGGGCGUUCCGGAUUGGAAUGCCAUUGACGCUCUGUGGCGACAAAUGAACCAAACGCAGCCGCUCAGCCUGGAUGCUGUAUUUUACGACCGCAUGAUUGAAGGGUAUGCCGCGUUCGGGGCUAUUGCCCGCGCGGAGAAGCUGCUCGAGCGAAUGGGAAAAGAAGGCAAGCGUCCUGGUUGGAGUCCGCUCACAGCUCUUCUUAGUGCAUAUAUAGACCAAGGGAUGCUCGCGGAAGCCCGAAGCCUAGUGAGUGAGAUAGUAUCCAGCACUGGACUUUUCCAAUCAGGGAUUCGAGUUCGAAGCGCGACCGAUACGUCGCGGAAUCCGGCUAGGGCGCGUUUCUUCGCGACGGCGACCGAAGCGGGCUUAUUAAGUGGGAACGAAGAUCUGAACGCGAUUAAAGAAUUCAAAGUCCCGGAUGACGGUGGAAUGGAGGAUUUGGAGGAUGGAGAAGGAUAUCAAUUCGGAAGCAGCCAGAAAAUCGAACAGGUUGAAAGGAUGAACCAUAAUGAGGGCCUCGACGACUUCGAUGAAAUGAUGCAAAGAGAGGAGCAGUUUAAAGGGCCUGUAGAUUUAAUGCCUGGGUGGGAUGAAGUUGUCGAUGGUGUGAAAAGCAGAUAGGCAAGUUCAGCAUGAACGUUGCACUCACAGCUAAUGGUUCCUAUUGCAUGUUACUACUUACACAGAAGUCUCAUAGACAAAGUGUAUAUUAAUCUUAAACACGGGCAGCAGCCGCCUCAGAUGCUCCAUCACAAUUC